UUUUUGCAUCUUUUCUUCAGUCCUUCGCUGUCAGAACUCCGGGCCGAAACGAGAAAAUUUUGUCCACUCCAGUCGCGGUUUUUGCUUUUUAUUGGUGAAGAAAAUCUGUGCAAGCAAUGGCAGCACGUUUAAUUAAGAGAAUUUUUGGACGAGAUCCUGAAAAUUUUCUCAAAAGUUUGUCGCAAAAAGUGAAGGACAAUUGGGUCAAAAUUUACAUAACCUCGCCUUCCUCCCGUGAAAAGCCAAAUAAAAACGAGCCAAUUGUCCAAGCUUCCACUCCGUUCGGCGCACGUGGCUAUGCUUCCGGUGUGAGGAAAGUUACGCUGAUCCCUGGGGAUGGAAUUGGACCAGAGAUCUCCGCUGCCGUUCAGAAGAUUUUCACCGCGGCCAAUGUUCCGAUCGAAUGGGAGGCUGUCGAUGUCACACCUGUCAGGAAUCCGGACGGAAAGUUUGGCAUUCCUCAAAGUGCCAUCGAUUCGGUAAACCGCAACAAGGUUGGCCUGAAAGGACCAUUGAUGACUCCGGUAGGAAAGGGUCAUCGCUCUCUCAACUUGGCUCUCCGAAAGGAAUUCAAUCUGUAUGCCAACGUGCGCCCCUGCAGAAGUUUGGAAGGUUACAAAACCUUGUACGACAAUGUGGAUGUGGUCACCAUCCGUGAAAACACCGAGGGUGAGUACUCCGGAAUCGAGCACGAAAUCGUCGAUGGCGUCGUCCAGAGUAUCAAGCUGAUCACCGAGGAGGCCUCGAACCGAGUGGCCGAGUAUGCCUUCAAGUACGCCAAAGACAACAACCGCAAGAAGGUCACCGUGGUCCACAAGGCCAACAUUAUGCGUAUGUCCGAUGGGUUGUUCCUGCGGUGUUGUCGUGAGAUGGCCAAAAAGUACCCGGAAAUCAAGUUCGAGGAGAAGUACCUGGACACCGUCUGUUUGAACAUGGUUCAGGACCCGAGCAAAUUUGAUGUCUUGGUCAUGCCAAAUCUGUACGGUGACAUCAUGUCGGAUAUGUGCGCCGGUCUGGUAGGUGGUCUGGGCUUGACCCCGUCCGGAAACAUGGGUCUGAACGGUGCUCUGUUCGAAUCGGUUCACGGAACCGCUCCCGACAUCGCCGGAAAGGAUCUGGCUAACCCAACUGCCCUCCUCCUGUCGGCUGUGAUGAUGCUGAGGCACAUGGAACUCACCCAGCAUGCGGACAAGAUUCAGAAUGCAUGCUUCGAAACCAUCAGGGAGGCCAAAUUCCUGACCGGUGAUCUGGGCGGCAAGGCCAAGUGCUCAGAAUACACCAACGCCAUCUGUGAAAAGAUCCAUUAGACGUGGUAUCUCUCGCAUCAUCAAACGUAAGGGAAUAUGCUUCAGUCAAAUUUUACCAUAGUUUUACCCGUUCAACAAUCCAGUAUCGAGUUUCCUUCCAAAAAAAUUAAACUAUUUAUUACUCAGUUGUAGUACCUAGUUGUUCCUCCCACCAUGAGUCGAAUCUAAACCGAAUCACAAUUUCGUUUCCAAAAGAACUUCAAUUUCGAGCGUCACGCAGUAUUAUCAACUGAAUCGUUUUGAACAAUAAAUCCACCGUCGCUAAACCUAGAUAGUAGCAACGAUAUCGAAUUACAGUAUGUGCUUUGCUAUCCUCAGACAAUAACACAAAACAGAAAGAAAUGAUAGUUGUGCGUUGCCGGAAAGUUUAGAUGGACGAUUCAUUGAAUGCAAAACUACUGUCCGCGGUUAAUUUUUGUGAAUGAUGGUUAAUUGUGCGAUACAGGAUACUAAUUUAUUACAAAUUAUUAAGGAAAAAAUGUUACUUAAUCGAAUAAUAAAUCAAAUCCACGCGAACACCUUA